GAGCAAGAUGAGCGUCAUGGCUAUGCUGAUGCUGCCUCUGCUCCUCCUGGGAAUCAGCGGCCUCCUCUUCAUUUAUCAAGAGGUGUCCCGGCUGUGGUCAAAGUCAGCCGUGCAGAACAAAGUGGUGGUGAUCACCGAUGCCAUCUCAGGACUGGGCAAGGAGUGUGCUCGGGUUUUCCACACCGGUGGGGCAAGGCUGGUGCUGUGUGGAAAGAACUGGGAGAGGCUAGAGGUCCUAUAUGACAACUUGAUCAGCACGGCUGACCCCAGCAAGACGUUCACCCCAAAGCUGGUUCUAUUGGACUUCUCAGACAUCAGUUGUGUCCCGGAUGUGGCAAAAGAAGUCCUGGAUUGCUAUGGCUGUGUGGACAUCCUCAUCAACAAUGCCAGCAUGAAGGUGAAGGGGCCUGCCCAUAAGAUUUCUCUGGAGCUGGACAAAAAGAUCAUGGACACCAAUUACUUUGGGCCCAUCACACUGACCAAAGCCCUGCUUCCCAACAUGGUCUCCCGGAGAACAGGCCAGAUCGUGCUGGUGAACAACAUCCAAGGGAAGUUUGGAAUCCCAUUCCAUACGGCUUACGCCGCCUCCAAGCAUGCCGCCCUGGGCUUCUUCGACUGCCUCCGAGCCGAAGUAGAAGAAUAUGACGUUGUUGUCAGCACUGUGAUGCCAACUUUCAUCCGGUCGUACCAUGCUUAUCCAGAGCAAGGAAACUGGGAAGCCUCCAUUUGGAAAUUCUUUUUCAGGAAGCUGACCUAUGGCGUGCACCCCGGGGAGGUGGCAGAGGAGGUGAUGCGCACCGUGAGGCGGAAGAGGCAGGAGGUCCUCAUGGCCAACGCUGUCCCCAAGGCCGCCGUGUUCAUCCGCACCUUCUUCCCGGAGUUCUUUUUCGCCGUGGUGGCCUGUGGGGUGAAAGAGAAGCUGAAUGUGCCAGUGGAGGGUUAACCGCGGGGGCCAAGUGGGUCACCCCAGGGGAAUAAAGGUUUUCCUGGC